GUAUCCUGGCUAGAGUACUAGUCAGUGUUAAAAGUUUUAGUCAGUUUUUGGUUCAGACCGACAAAAGAGUAACGCCAGUGCUGAUCUCUUCGUGUCCGUGGAACAGUAUUCGCUCAAUAACCUCCGUCGCGAAUGGACGUAAGACAGUACCACCGUGUAUCAUUUCACUUUUACCUUCGUUCUAGUACCGCGCAGUGACCGUGAACCGCGAGGAAAGAAAACGGUGCCAAAAAUCUUUAUUUUCGAACAAGGUUAAAAUUUUAAAGUGAGAUGUUUACAAAAUGGACGAAUGUUGGAGUGAUUAUAGCUGUCCUAAUUAGUGGUGUGGUGUCUUUAGAAAAUGGGUUAGCACGAACGCCUCCUAUGGGUUGGUUGGCGUGGGAGCGAUUCAGAUGUAAUACGGAUUGCAAAAAUGACCCUGACAACUGCAUAAGUGAAAAUCUCUUCAGAACAAUGGCGGACCUCUUGGUGAACGAAGGUUACGCUAAUGUGGGUUACGAAUACGUUAACGUCGACGACUGCUGGUUGGAGAAAGAAAGAAACCAGUACGGCGAAUUAGUACCUGAUAAAACCAGAUUCCCCAGAGGAAUGAAAGCCUUAGCCGAUUACAUUCAUGCCAAAGAUCUCAAAUUCGGUAUCUACGAGGACUACGGAAACUACACCUGCGCAGGAUAUCCAGGUGUGAUAGGAUCCCUACAGCAGGAUGCUGACACUUUCGCUUCCUGGGACGUAGAUUACGUAAAACUUGAUGGAUGCUAUGCUCAUCCGAGCGAGAUGGAUCGGGGAUAUCCAGAAUUUGGAUAUUACUUGAACCGAACUGGGAGACAGAUGCUUUAUAGUUGUAGCUGGCCAGUAUACCAAAUUUAUGCAGGCAUGUCUCCAAACUUUACCUCAAUAAUUCAACAUUGCAACCUAUGGAGGAACUUUGACGAUAUCCAGGAUUCAUGGGCAAGUGUUGAAAGUAUUAUUGAUUAUUAUGGAAAUAAUCAAGAUGUGAUAGUACCAAAUGCUGGACCGGGACACUGGAACGAUCCAGAUAUGUUAAUUAUUGGAAAUUUCGGCCUUAGCUAUGAACAAAGCAAGACCCAAAUGGCAAUAUGGGCUAUAUUAGCCGCACCCCUACUGAUGUCCGUCGAUCUGCGAACAAUCAGACCAGAGUACAAAGCUAUAUUACAAAAUAAGAAAAUAAUCGCUGUAGAUCAGGAUCCAUUGGGUAUCCAGGGAAGGCGGAUAUACAAGCAUAAGGGUAUAGAAAUUUGGUCGAGACCAAUUACCCCAUUAUACCAAAACUACUUCUCCUAUGCGAUAGCAUUUGUAAAUAGACGGACUGAUGGUACGCCAUCGGAUGUAGCUGUGACGUUGAAGGAAUUGGGACUUACGUCUCCUACAGGAUACAGAGUUGAAGACUUGUAUGAAGAUGUGGAUUAUGGUGUAUUGUCAUCACAGACGAAAAUUAAAGUAAAAGUAAACCCAUCAGGUGUCGUAAUUUUAAGAGCAGACGUACAAGCAGAUUAUGAAAGACGAGUGUCAUACUACACAACACAAAGAACUGCCUACAACCCCCUCAACCAAGUUUUUAGAAUAAGAAAUAACGGAUUUUAAAUUAACUUUGAUUAAAUAAAUUAUUUUUUUGUCCAAUAUAGGACCAUUUGUAUAUUUUUUCUCCAAACUAAAAAUAAAACAUCUCUAAAUUAAAAAAAAAAAAAAAAACAAAUAUUUGAACAAAAGAAUGUAUUAUUAGAUAAAUAUGUAGAUACAAAGUUAAAACUUUUAUCUCUAUUAUAACAACUCUAUCAAUUGAAUGUUAAUACAUUUUUGAAGAAAAUUACAUACUUCAAAUACAAUUAUAUCACCCUUGAUGAUGUUGCAGUGGUGUAUUAUGAAUUUUGCUUUCCUAAAAAUAGAUUUUUCAAGUAAAGCUUUGUAUCUUACAAGAUUUAGGGAAAAACUGUCAAACUUCCAACCUAUUUUCCCAUUAAUCAAAACAAAUUUAUUAUCUCUAAAUCACUCAAAAAAAAAAUACAAUUCAUUAUCAUAUCCUAAUAUCUACAACAUAUUCCACUGGGUGGUGAUGUAAUGAUUGCCAUUUUCAAUUUGUCUAGCAAUUUCUUCGUGAAUACUGUGAUUCAGCCACAUCAUGUUCAGUUUUUCGUAUCUUUCGUAGUUCAAUUUUAAUGGAUUUCCUCUGCGAAGACCCUGGUCGGUUUCACCAUGUUCGUCUAGAUAGGGUGGCGACAUGAAGCAACCCCUGUGAGGGGAGGCAAGAAGGAGCAACUCACAAUCACGGAUUCUUAAGAAUACUCCAACAC